AUGUAUAUUAAAGAGAACUCUAUAAUUUGUACUCAAACUCUGUACAUUCUCUAUUCCCCACAACGUACACAUCUCGGUCGUCGCCCUCCUCUGGAAAUCUCUGAUCUGAUGAUUCGGGAAGAAAUUGAGGAUACUUUUCGCGUGGUGCGUCAGGAUGAUGAUCAAGAUGAUGAUGACGAUCAAGCGUCAUAUAUCAAGUAUAGAGUUUAUCAUCAUGAUUUCAUUAGCAAUUUAGGAUCUUUGACACGAAACUUUGAUAGUCGCGACUCCCAGUGA